AUGGCUCCGAUGUAUGUAUUAGUUGAAGAGUUGGAUAAGGACCAUACUUCAGUUGCAAUCAGAUUGAGGGCCGUGCGCACCUACAAUGUUUGGUACAGUAGAGGAAGAGAUCAAAUCAAGAGCAGAGAGUGUGUCUUCCAUGAUGAAGCGGGUUCCUACAUUCACCUGCAUAUUCCAGGAAAGAGUGUUUCUCCGAAGAAUGAUUUUGUAGAGGGAAAUGUGUACUGCAUAAAAAAAAUUUUGGUAGUUGCUCAUUGGUAUUGCUAUAAGACAUGUGAAGGAGAGUACAUGAUGAAAGUUUUUUCUGAAACAUUGGUCAAACCUUAUAAAGGGUGUGAUUUUCCAAGGUAUAUGUAUAGACUAAAGCCAUUUGAAGUUCUGAACACACUGGAUGCAAAUAUUUUGGUUGAUGUCAUUGGCCGUGUAGUUGAAAUAUACUCUCCAUUGGAGAAGAUGAUUAAUGGGAGACCCUCUCGGUUGAUAGAUUUUGUGAUUGAAGAUUUGAAGGGUAAUCAAGUGAAAUGCACUGUCUGGGAUGACCAUGUAGAGAAAGUGAAGCCUUUUUUUAAAAGUGAUCUUUUGGAUCCAGUGGUUGUUCUAAUUCAGAUGGGUCGGAUUAAGCUGGUCGAAAAAUCUGGAGAAGUAAAAAUUUGCAGUUCUUAUGAUGCUACAAAAUUGCUAUUCAACCAAAACACUUUGGAGUUUGUUGAAUUCAGAAAUAGUCUAUCUAUGCAGCAGCAAACGCCUUUGAAGAGCAUUACAUCGAAUUCUACUUCCAGUUAUGGUACUACAAGUGGAGUGGAAAGCAGUACAAAAAUGCAGAUCACAACAUUAUCUGAGAUCUUUUCUAAAAGAGAUAUUGGUGAUUUUUUGGUACCAUGCAAGAUUAUAGGUAUUGAGUCUGAUCCCAAUGAUUGGUAUUACGACUCUUGCCCUAAACCAAAUUGUAAUAAGAAGUUGGAACUCAACUCUGGAAUGUAUGAUUGUGGCAAAUGUGGUGGUCGGUUUGUUAAAGGUACCCUAAGAUAUAAGCUUAAAAUUCGUGUGGUUGAUGUUAAUGGGACAGCUCCACUCCUUUUAUGGGACCGUGAUGUUCUUGAGUUGUUGUGUUUAAAGGCAGAUGAAUUGAAGGUAACGACAAAGGUUCCUAAAGACAUCAGGAAUUUAAAAGGGAGAGGUCUGUUUUUUAAGAUUUCUGUGAAAAGUGAAACAUUUGAUAACCUCGAUAAUGCAGUUCCAGUACUGCAAGUCAAACACUUUCCUGAAAUGUUUGAAACCUACUGUCCUGGGCUAAUCCAGCAUAACGAUGAUGAAUUUUCUUCCAAGCUACAACUAACACAGGAUGAUUCUGACACAAAUGAGGGUUUUUUUUCAGAUUAUCCUACAGAAAGUCCUAUUGCUGCUACUCCUGGAAAGCAGGAUGAAGCUGGGAAUGAAACCGAAGCAGUGAAGCGAAGUCUGCUGGAUGAAUUCUCAAGUAUACAACCAUCAAUGAAAAAGAAAGAGGUUGUAGUGAAAAUGGAGAAUGAGAAAGAAUAG